CAAGUUUUAUGGACAGGCCGGUUUGUUGACAAGAAAAGAAAUAAUUUUGAUCAUAAUCAAAUUAACAAAUAAAUUACAAUGAAAUGGUUAAUUAUUUUGUGAGUAUAGCACUUUAACUUUAUUAAAGAGAGGGAUAGAGAUGGAUAUGCCACAGGGUCCUCAAGAUGAGGAGCUCCGCAACAUUAUUGACAAAUUGGCCGUGUUCGUGGCUAGGAAUGGACGCGAAUUUGAAGCAAUGACGAAACAAAAGCAGCAAGGAAAUCCACGUUUUUCAUUUCUUUACGGGGGAGAAUUUUACAAUUACUACAUGUACCGAGUAACGACGGAACAAUCUAUUUUGAAAUGUCGGGCUCAAAUACAGCAGCAACAACAACAACAACAACAAGCUGCUCAAGGAGGAGGAGGAUUUGGUGGGCCCAACAACUUCAUGGGCGAUAGUGCCGGAGGUGGAGGGGGACAAUUAUUCCAACCACAACAACGGUUUCCAUUCGACUCGCAUGACGGUCCCGCACCAAGACAUAACAUGUCUCGUUUCGAUAGGGGCCCACCUCCAGGAAACCAAUUUCAGAAUUUUGAGCGGCCACCAUUGAGAAUGCCAUUUCAUCCUCAACAACAACAGCAACAACCCCGGUUUGGUGGACCGUUUGAUAAUAAUAAACAAGGUCAAGGUCCUCCAGGAGGAAACUUUAGUGAUUUCGACUACCCACCUGGCGCACAACAAGGCCUUGCAUUCGAUCGAAAUUCAUCUUCAAGAAAUCAAGGUGUGGGAUUUGACUCUGGUGGUGGACCGUCGAGAAAUCAACAGCACCCUCCUCCCAGAGAUUUUGAUGCGAGACCGGGGCGAAAUAAUCAAGGGGGAGGAGGAUUUGAUGGAGGGCCCAGAAAUUCAGGCUUCGAUGGACCACCUCCCUCUCAAAAUAAUUCAGGUCCACCACCACCUAGGAAUUUCGAAAACAACAGAAUUCCUGGCCGGAAUCGUUUCGACAUUGGCCCCACCGGAGGAUUUGACAAUGCCGGAUUAGUUCAACCGCAAGGAUUCAAUCCAAAUUUUCAAUCACAACAAAACCUGCCUCCUCCACAACAAAUUGCUGUUCUUCCUCCUCUUUCGUCUUCUGUUACCGCCCCACCGCCUACCACGCCGGCCCAAACCCUUGCAAAUGUCAAUGAAGAAAUAGACAAGCUUUCCAAGCAGAAAGUAUCCCUCGAAGAACAGAUUAAACAAAGUGAGCAGAACUUGGCAGCACAAAAUCAAGUUUUGAUGGCGCACCAGCAACAACAGAUCGACGAUGGUAUCAAGAUACUGCAAGAAGCCGAAAUUAAGCAGCUCGCCGCGGACCUAAAUGUUGACCUCGUCGAACUGGAGGCUGCCUUGCAACCCAUCGUCGAGACAUGUACAAAGGACUCGAUCUCUGGUGGAAAGGCGUGGAUCUUCACACAUACCUCGACCCCACGACAUUACCAGCUCCUAUCCAUGUAUCUGCUGAAGUUUACUACUGACCCGAAUGCUGGCUUUAACCAAAGACUCCACAUAAUCUAUCUCGUCAACGACGUUCUUCAUCACUGUAUGCGGAAAGGGGCGGAGGAUUUACGCCAAGUUUUGGAAGCCAUGGUCAUUCCGAUGUUUUCCCAUGCGAAAGUUAAAGAGAUGGGAAAGGAAGAAAAUUUAGCAAAGUUAGACAAGCUGCUAGCACUCUGGGAAUCCAAAUGUCAAUACGUGAGCCCAAUAGCUGUCGAGAAAUUGAAAGACCCUGCCAACACGUGGUUAGAAUAUCACGGUGAACUUCUUAAAAGACACAAUGUCGUUGUGACCCAAAUAGCUCAAAAUAUUCAGAAAAAAUAUGAAGGAUAUCAAGCCCAGCAUCAAAUAUUUUGUCAGCAUAAUCUUCAAAAUAUUAAGGGCAUAGAGCAAAAACUGCAACAACUUGCAAUUCAACAGCAGCAACAAGUGAGCCUCCUCAACCAGCAACAGCCCCCUCUCCUAAGCACACCCCCUGCUAAUACUCGACUCCCACCCGCAAUGAAUAUGCCUCCUCCCGGCGUUGUUAUUCCGACUGGUAUCGGACAACAGUCAAUCAGUGUUCAGCAACAAGGGGUACGAAACAACGAUAUUCAAAAUAGUUUUGGACCCGGUGCUGGCCUUCUAGGAAGUCAUCCAUCCCAAGAGCUGGGAACUGCUGGUGAUUCUACUGGACCCGAUGGAGGGCACGCACCAAUACCAUUGGACAUCAGUCGACCCCCACCCGGAUUUCCACCUCCCAUGUCCGACAAGGAAUUGAUGCCUAAACUCCCGUAUUAUGAACUACCUGCAGGACUGAUGGUGCCCCUCGUAAAGCUUGAAGACGACAACUAUAAACCUAUCGACCCCAAAGAUAUCCGUCUUCCACCUCCGUGCCCGCCCAGUGAAAAACUUAUCCAAGCAGUAGAAGCAUUUUACGCUGCUCCUUCCCAUGAAAGACCUCGAGAUAGCGAAGGUUGGGAGCGAUUAGGGUUGUAUGAAUACUUCAAGACCAAGAAUAUGGCCAGGAAGCAGAAAGAAGACGAUAUUCGAGACGGAAAGAGGCAAAAGAGCAAGUCGCCGAGUCCAAUUCGUCGUGAUUCGUCCCCAUCUGGAAGAUCACCUCCAAGAAGACGAUAUCAGAGUAAAUCUCCACCUCCCACAAAACGACGAAGAUCCAGAUCUAAAUCUCCAUCAUCAAAUAGACGUAAAAGUAGAAGACGAUCUCGAUCCAGAUCAAGGAGUCGAAGUCCUCCUAGUGGUCCAAUGAGAAGGUCUCCUACGCCCCCCAGUUUUGGCAUGCGAGGUCUCGGAAUGGAAACGAAAUUAGAUGAGUCCAACCGAGGUCACCAACUUCUCAAGAAAAUGGGCUGGGGUGGAUCCGGUGGUUUGGGGGCAAAUGAACAAGGAAUCGAGGCUCCCAUUUCCGGUGGAGAGGUGCGAGAGAAGAGAGACUUAUAUCGUGGGGUUGGAAUUUCUAUGAAUGAUCCGUUUGAAAGCUAUCGAAAAAGCAAGGGGCAAGCCUUCGUGGAGAGGAUGCGAGCUCGUGCGGAUGACAGGCCUUAGAUUAUAAAGUUCUUCCUUAAAGUAAUAUCAUAUAUUUUAGAAUUUUAUUAUGGUUACUCUCAAAAAAUAAAAUAAAUACGGAUAAAAUCGAAUUAA